AUGUCGUACCGGGAGCUGCGGACGUUCGCGGAGAUGAUGCGGGCCCUGGGCUACCAGCGGCUCGUGUCCGUGGAGAACUUCCGCAAGCCCAACUUCGAGCUCGUCGCCUCGGCCCUCUACUGGAUGGUCAAGCGGUACGACCCGGAGAUCAACGUGUCGGACUGCAUCGAGAAGGAGGACGACCGCGUCGACUUCCUGACGGUCACGGCCCAGGCGCUCGCGUCCAAGGCGAAGAUCAAGCUCAACACGAAGCGGCUCUACGCCGCGGACGGCCGCGCGGUCAAGGAGCUCCUGAAGGUCGCGACGAUGCUCUACAACGCGUCCAAGGCCAACGAGGAGGCCGCCAAGGAGGACCCGCUCCGCGAGGUCCAGCCCCUCAACUCGCGCAUCAAGGACAUCAAGCUCGCGCGGACCCUCGCGACGGAGAUCACGGACAAGGGCGCGCGGCUCUACGACCUGCUGGGCAAGGAGAAGGACGUGAAGCAGGACCGCCAGUCCGCGCUCAACUUCCUCGACACGAUCUCGUCGAACCUGGACAGCACCGUGGAGCACGGCCACAUCCAAAAGUCCAUCACGACGCUCGUGAGCAACGUGAGCGAGGACAUCGAGCAGAUGAAGAAGCAGUGCGACGAGCUCACGGCCGACGAGCGCACGCUCGACUCGAAGAUCAAGAAGAAGCAGAGCGAGCUCGAGCGCCACGAGAAGCGCCUCAAGAGCCUGCAGACCGUGCGGCCCGCCUUCAUGGACGAGUACGAGAAGCUCGAGCGCGAGCUCCAGAAGCAGUACGGCGUCUACCUCGAGCGGUUCCGCAACCUCGACUACCUCCAGAACGAGCUCGAGAUGUACAACAAGUCGGAGAAGGAGAAGGUGGAGGAGAACGACCGGUCCCUGAAGCGCAUGCAGAAGCGGCUCCGCGAGGAGGAGCUAAGGAUCCUCCGCGGCGAGCAGGACAUCAACGACCAGUCCGUCGAC